AUGUCGCUGUGCAAUUGGAAUGCAAUUAAUUUUAUGUAUAGCUUUGAGUGUCUUUGGUUUCUUGUGCCACACUUGAUCCCUUCUGAACACCCUGUGCCUCUCCAGUGGUUUUUCCCCAACGCCUUCCCAAACCCAUCUGGAUCAGCCCGGACUGUCACCGGAUCCACCCAGCGAGACCGCUGUGAGCACCCACAGCGGGCAGGUACUUCCCCAAACGCUCAGUCGUUAAACCAGCGCGGCCCAAGCCCCUCCCAGCGGCGCUGCACGGGCAGCACCAGCUCCAGCUCCGGCCCGACUCUCCAGGGGGCCCCCGCUACGGGCGCCCAACAUGGCGCCAGGAAUUUUUUUCUUUUCUAGAAACAUACUGCAUUUGCUACCUUUCCCAGUGAAAAUGCAGCUAUGAAGGCUUUGUCAAGACUGCAUCAGCUGAAACUUUUAGGUCACACCUUAGUUGUGGAAUUUGCAAAGGAGCAAGAUGGUGUGCAGGCUCUUAGCCAGCCUUCUGUUUCAGAGACCUCUAAAAGUUCAGAAGAACCAGUGAAAGAAGAAGAGAAGAAAGAACCAAACUGUGUUAAAAUAGAUAAUGGAAUUGCACCCAACCAUGGCCUCACAUUUCCCAUCAAUUCUUGCCUCAAAUAUUUGUAUCCGCCACCUUCAAGUACAAUUCUAGCAAAUAUAGCAAAUGCUUUGGCAAGUGUGCCCAAAUUUUAUGUCCAGGUACUUCAUCUUAUGAAUAAAAUGAAUCUUCCUCCACCUUUUGGACCAAUUACUGCUCGCCCUCCCAUGUAUGAAGAGUAUUUACCAGUGCCUGUGCCACCGCCCCCAAUCCCACCUCUGCCUCCUGAAGAGCCUCCUUUGCCUGAAGAGGAAGAAGAGCAACUAUCUAGUGGAGAUGAAUCAGAAUAUGAAAGCGAUGAUGAGGAGGAAAAGGAGAGAAUGACCAAAUUGAUGGAAUUAGCAACCCUUCAGCCAAAAAGACCAAUAAACACGAAGAGGCGUGGUGUUAGAAAAAAGCAAAGAAUUAAAGACUUGCUGAAUGUUCCCGUUUGUGCUCCUCACAGUAAUUUGCACCCUGCACUGUCACCUUCAGAUGUCUUUGAGCAGCCACAGCAUAUAGGUCAUAAAAAAAUUGAGUUCCAUAUUACUACUGACAUCCCAGCUAUUCAGAUAAACUCAGAGAAAGAAGAAAAAAAUGAACUUUCUGCAACCACAGAAGAAAUCAAUAACACAGGCUUUGGAAGGAUUUUCCCAGCUCCUAGCUCAAAUGAUAAAAUGGAAACUGAAGAGGAGGAAGAUGAAAUACCAUCAGAAUUUAUUUCUAGAAGGGAUCUAGAAAAAAACAGGCUUUCUAGAGAAGAAAUGGGAAAAUUUUCUGUUUUCAAAAACUAUGAGCCAGGUGAUCCAAAUUGCAGGAUAUAUGUGAAGAAUUUAGCUAAACAAGUUCAAGAAAAGGAUCUCAAGUUCAUUUUUGGAAGAUAUGUUGAUUUCAAGUCAGAAGUGGAACGAAAUAUGUUUGAUAUACGUUUGAUGAAAGAAGGCCGUAUGAAGGGACAGGCUUUCAUUGGACUUCCUAAUGAAAAAGCUGCUGCUAAAGCUUUAAAAGAAGCAAAUGGAUACGUCUUAUUUGAAAAACCCAUGGUGGUUCAAUUUGCUCGUUCAGCUAGACCAAAACAGGAUGCCAAUGAAGGGAAAAGGAAAAAGUAGAAC